AUGGAUCCAGAACAUCAUAGCAAGAUUGUCAUCGUGGGGGCGGGGAUCAUUGGGCUAGAUGUUGCAUUGGUUCUAGCAGAGAAAGGGUUGGGCCGAUCUGUUACCGUCGUGGCAGAGUAUCUUCCUGGCGAUACUGCUUCCACCUACACUUCUCCGUGGGCCGGGUGCAACUUCUCUGCGCUGUCUGCCAGCGAUGAAAAGGCUCUUAGAUGGGACCGACUUGGAUAUUUCCAUCUGAAGAAACUCGCGAGCGAGAAAUCCGCCGAGUCCUUCGUGUCUCACACUCCGUCGACGGAAAUGUGGGAUGAUACUCCUCCUUAUGAGAAGAUCAGGGACAUGUCAGCGUACCUCGAAGAUUUCAAACUUUUACCAUCUAAAGUCCUCCCUGAUGGAGUGAAAUUCGGCGUCUCAUUUUCAACAGUCACGAUCAAUGCACCGAAACAUCUGGAAUAUCUCUACAAACGACUCAGAGAUGAGUUCGGCAUCACAUUUAUCCAGCAGAAGAUUCCAAAUGUCCAGUCUGCAUUCAAGAGUCCAUCAACGGUGGCCGUGUUCAACUGCACCGGCGUCGCGGCGGGAACGCUGGCCGGCGUUCAAGACAGCAAAUGCUAUCCGACCCGAGGCCAGGUCGUACUAGCCAGAGCACCUUGGGUACAUCAGAAUACCAUGAGGCACGGAAGGGACUAUGAGACGUACGUCAUUCCUCGGCCUGGUUCGAAUGGGAAUGUCAUUCUGGGGGGAUACAUGGAGAAGGGAGACAGAGCUGAGCGCGGAGCUCAACCAGGACGAGCCCGAAGUCCUGGCUGCAUUUGCGGGGCUGAGGCCGUCGAGGAAGGAGGAACCCGAGUCGAGCGCGAAGAAGUCCAGAUUGGUGGGAAAAGGCGAGUCAUUGUUCACAACUAUGGAGCUGGUGGAGCUGGAUUCCAAGCUGGAUACGGCAUGGCCGUUGAUGCGGUGGGAAGCAUCGAGGAUAUUCUGCGGACGAUUACUGAGAAUCCUCGUUCGUGUUUGUAG